AUGGCUACGGAGUUGAAGAGUGGAUCCUUGUGGCGGGCUGUCCUUGCUGAACUGGUUGGGAUGAUCCUCUUCAUCUUCAUUGGCAUCGCAUCGGCAAUCGGGAACCCCAGCGGAGAACCAGACCAAGAGGUGAAGGUGGCUUUGGCCUUUGGUUUGGCCAUCGCCACCUUGGCUCAGACUUUGGGCCACAUCAGCGGUGCCCACCUGAACCCGGCUGUUACCCUGGGUCUUCUGGUGAGCUGCCAGAUCAGUUUCCUCAAGGCAGCCCUGUAUGUUGUUGUCCAGAUGCUGGGAGCGGUGAUCGCCAGCGGCAUCAUGUACAAAAUCAGACCUGAAUCCUCGUUGGGACUCAAUACGCUUGCUGAAGAUAUUACUACAGCUAAAGGCUUUGGCAUUGAGUUCCUAGCGACCUUUCAGCUGGUGUUGUGUGUCUUAGCCACGACAGAUAAAAGACGGACCGAUGUCACAGGUUCUGCGCCGCUAGCUAUUGGCCUCUCCGUGGGGCUAGGACAUCUCGCUGCGAUCAGUUACACCGGCUGUGGCAUCAAUCCAGCCCGCUCUUUUGGUCCCGCUGUCAUUAUGAAGAUGUUUAAAAAUCACUGGGUUUACUGGGUGGGUCCAUUGUGUGGAGGUGUGGUUGCUGCUUUAUUGUAUGACUUCCUCCUCUAUCCUAAAAAAGAGGACUACAAGAAGCGAAUGGACGUUCUCAAAGGCGGAUCAGAAUCACAGGACACCUUAGAGCAGUCUGGGUUGAUAGAAGGUUCUAGUUCAAGUUCUAGUCAAUGGCCAAGACGCUAA